AUGCCUCUCAACUGCAGGCGAUCACUGUGUGACUAUUUCUGUGUUUGCUUUUGUGCGUUUGCUUUACUAUCUAUCUAUCUAUCUAUCUAUCUAUCUAUCUAUCUAUCUAUCUAUCUAUCUCAGUCUGUUCAUAUCUAUCUAUCUAUCUCAGUCUGUUCAUAUCUAUCUAUCUAUCUCAGUCUGUUCAUAUCUAUCUAUCUAUCUAUCUAUCUAUCUAUCUAUCUAUCUAUCUAUCUAUCUAACCAUACCCUGCUGAUUACUGCCUUCCCUCGAGUUUCAUCAAUGUUUUCUAUUCUUCCAUCUCUUUUCUCUUUUUGCUCUAUUUUUUUCCUUUUUCCUCUUUUAAUGGCUUUUUUCUCCCUGUUUCUUUUUCCUGUUUUAUUUUACAAAUUGGAAAAAAAAAAAAAAAAACUUUACUUCUUCUCUUUCUCAUUUUUUUCUUUCUUUUUUCCUCCUUCUUCCUUUCUGUUUUGUUUAUCUUUCUUUUCUUCUUUUUCGUUUCUGUUCUUUCUUUCCCAUUUCCUCUCUUUGCGUUGUUUUCUUCAGAUAUUUUUUUCUUUCCCCGUUGUUCAUUCGUUUAUUUCUUCUCCCUUUUUUUUCAUUCACUCCUUCGCUCUUAUUCGUUUAAGCUCUUUAAUCACUCCCUCUUUUCUUCACUUUCUUCUUUUCUCCCUCUCUUUUCGUCUCUUCCUCUCUGAUUAUUUCCCUCUAGCCUUCCCCUCCUCUCCCUCGAUCUUCAACUCUGCUUACAUCUCCCUCUCUUUUCGUCUCUUCCUCUCUGACACUAUAGCUCUCCCCCUCUCCCUCUCUCUAUCCCCGUUUCCCACUCUCUUACUUCCUCUCCCUUCCUCUUUCCGUCUCACCCUCCCCUCUCCAUCUCAGCUAUCUCUCUCUUUAACACUCUCUGUUUCUCUCUCUCUUUUCUCUCUCUCUCAAACAUUAUCUCUCCUUAUAGCUCCCUCUAUCGGUUUAUUUCCCUAUUUCGCCCCCUCUCCCUCUCAGACAUAUCUCUCCCUAUAUCUACCACCCUCCACUUAUAUUCUCUCUUUUCGACUCUCCCUCUCAAACUCUACAUCCCCCCAUAGUUUUCUCUCUCUCUUCGUUUCUCCCUAUCCUUCAUUCCUUACCCGUUUUGCUGGUUUCCCGCGUCCACGUCUGAACGUUGACAUAAAAGGCGGGGAUUCAGUGUUGCGGCCGAUUUCAUCUGUUGUACGCGUUAACCGAAAGCGCCAGGCCAUCAACACGUCGAGCAAAAAUCAACACAAAAAGAAGGACGUAGUCAUUUAUAUUUUGACGCCCACAGACAAUCAAGGGGUGGAUAUCAGAACACUGUUUUCACAAAAUAUCCUUUCUUUUUUCUCACCCAGAGUGACCCAUUUGAAAAAAAGGUUCAUGAAUUGUGUCCUAACAGAAGAGUCACCUGGAAGACUUAAGAGUUUCUUCCACGGAAUACAAUCUGGUAAAUCAUCUCCCCCCCCCACUUCUCUCUCUCUCUCUCUCUCUCUCUCUCAGAAUAGAGGAAUGAAAUGA